AUGAGUAGAUAUUUCGAGAGGCAAGAGCAAGAAAUUAAAGAAAGAAGGUGUAGACGAGCUGAAGAAAAAAGGGUGCAGCAAGAAGAAGAUGAACAAGUUGUCAUGGCAAUGGGUUUUCUUGAUCUAGAAAGCCAAGGCCGCCGCCAUGGUUCACAAGUUAGCCGUGGCCCUAACGUGGAUAGAUAUAGGCAUUCUCGAGGGCAAUAUAGAAUGCAACCCCAUUUGUUCAAUAAAGUCAUGCAUGAUGUUUGCAAUUACGAUGCAUACUUCAUUCAUAAGUGUGAUGCUUCUGGGGUUUUGGGGCUUCUUUCGGAGCAAAAACUUACAACUGUUAUACGAAUGCUAGAGCGUUUCCACCAAUCGACUGGAGCCCGAGCAAAACAGGGCCCAACUCAGGCUAGUGCUUCCAGCAGGCCAAGCUUGCCAAGGCAAGGUGUGGGUCCCACGUAA